ACAAGGACAACUCGUUCUUUGCCCUCCAUCAACCGUCAGCAGAGCAGCCUCCACCAGCUCGCUCAGACCCCUGCGCUUAUGGAGGCCUGGAUUUGGACUACGUGAUCCGGAACUACCGCUACACCAUCCACGGUCAUGGGGGGGGAUGACAUCUUCUUUCUCGGGCCGCAGGCUUCGGUGGUCUCUGGCGGAGAAGGGAGGGACCUUUACGUCUUUCCCACAGACGGAAGCAUUUCCGAGAUUGACAAUUUCUCCCACGAUUUGUUUGAGGACCACCUGUUGAUAAAAGCACCUUUCAGCCGCUUGGAUUGUAUCCGGAAUAACAACGAUCUUCUCCUCGUUUACGCACAACAGAAGAAGCACCAGAUCACCAUUAGGAACUGGUUUACCCACAGUAACGUUGAGUACUAUCAGCACAUGACAUUUCAAUCUUCUGAUGGUGUCAUGUUUAAAAUAGCAGACAGAGGACUUAUGGGGCACAAGUUCCAUACUAACUGUGUCCCGGAAACUCUGGACAGAACCAAAUCCCAAAGUCCAAUAUCUCUCAGACUGGAGGGGGUUUACCAAAGUGUAAUCAGGGUUUUGGGCAGCAAUUUUAGUGACAGCAUUUUAGGCAACAAGAGGGACAACGUUCUCAAUGGUGGUCCGGGAGCAGAUGUACUUGAAGGAGGAGAGGGAGCCGACACCUAUGAGAUCUUUCCAGCAGAAGGCUGUGAUAUCAUCAACAACUACGCCACAGACCAGAAAGUAGACUUGGUGGUGUUUCACGUGCCCUUCCAGAGGAUACGUGCAGAACUGCUGGAUGAUGGUGUUCAGGUGACAGACGAAAAAGAGCCGAAGUCAACGUGCUUCCAUUUGCAAAAGUGGAACACUGACAGACAAUAUCAACACUUGGCAUUUCUGUCUUCUGAUCAUGUGACUUUUUACAUCUCAAAAAGUGAAGACAGUGGGCUAGUAAAGACGCCGCUGAUUGUCGACCUCAGCAGAGAGCAACAUGGCAGCACCGUCAACCUCAACGAAACUGACCAACACUUCCACACUGUGGUGACUGUCUUCGACUCCCCCUAUGAUGACAUCGUUGUCGGGAAUGUGCUGGGCAAUUUCCUCAGCUGCAGCGGGGGCAGGGACCACCUGCAGGGAGGAGGUGGCAGUGAUAAAUACGUCAUCAAGUCUGGCUGCAGAGGAGCUCAUAUCAACAAUCUCGCAGAAGACAAAACUAGCGACGUUUUGUUUAUCCAGUAUGCCUGGGGGGAAAUCAAAACAGAGCAUCGAUUGCCACACCUUGUUUUGAAGGUGGCAGUUGUUAACAUUGAAGUCGUCCUGUGGAAGUGGUUCCAGGGUGAGAACUUCCAACACCUGGUUGUGCAGACUUCUGACGGCAUCAUCGCCUCUUUGCCGCUCAAUGAGUCCGACCAGGACGUCAUGAGUCCCAUGGAAAUUAACCUCAGCAAGGAGGAGUGUAUAGACCAGAAACAAAUAUUUGACUUGAGCAAAGAGCCCUGGAGGAAAGUGGAAAGGUUCCAAGCCAAAUCUAGCAAGUGUUCAUACACUGUGAUUGGAAACUCGUUGGACAACUUCAUUGACCCUGGCAUUGGAAACAUUUACAAGUACCAGUACCUGCGGGGAGGCAAUGGGUCAGACACCUAUGUCCUUGGCCACGCAUACGGCUAUGAGAACGAAAUUGACAACGAGGCAGGAGACAUGAAAAUGGACAACCUCUUCCUCCAGGUCCUCUAUGAAGACGUCGAAGUUCUCCUGGAGGGACCCCACAUUAUCAUGUUCUCCCGCUCUAGGAACGACUCGGUCCGUGUACGCUUGCUGAAGUACUUGAAGGGGCCGAAGUUUCAGCACCUCCUGGUUCGUUCCUUGGAUGGAUUUCUGUUCAAAAUCAAUGGUGAUUCUUACCCCUACAAGUCCGUUCUCAGCAUUGACAUGGCAUCCUCCACCAAGAGCUGCAACAUCAGUUGUGCCUCAUCAGGAAGUGAAUUCAGCAAUGUUUCUAGAAUACGUGGCGCCACUGCCUUCAGUAACUACAUCACGGGGAGCAACGGCAGUUUACUUAUUGCCGGGGGCAACAUGAAUGACUAUAUCCAUGGCAACCAGAGAAGCGAGAUGAUCGAGGGCUUUGGAGGAAAUGACAUCAUCAUCGGAGAUGGCGGGAAUGACGUCCUGGAGGGGGGAGAAGGGGAGGAUAAAAUCCAGGGUGGCGAGGGAGACGACUUAAUCUACGGGGGAGGUGGGGCCGACAGGAUUGACGGGGGUCCUGGGAUAGAUACAGUAUUCUUCAGUGGAGACGUGCGGACAGGCAGUGGAGUCACGGUGGACCUACACUCAGGCAGGGGGUGGGGAGCAGAUGCGGAAAAUGACACCUUCACUGGUGUGGAGAGGGUGAUUGGGACAGAGUUCAACGACCUGCUGAUUGGCGACAACGAGGAUAACCAGCUGAUUGGGAAAUUCGGAAAUGACAGUCUGGUGCCGGAACACGGGUCAGACCUGCUGUGUGGGGGGCCAGGAAGAGACCUUUACAUUCUGGACGACAGCAGCGGAGUGAAACACAUCGACAACUUCGCCUCAGAUGGGAUCGAGGAUAGCGUUCUAAUUCGUAACUUCGCCCCCCAGGACGCCUGCUUCUUUACUUUAGAAGGAAACCUUGUUGUUUCUCUGCACUACCGAGACCCUCUUCUAAACCUGAUUGGCAGAGACUCGCUCACUGUGAUUUUUGACAACUGGAGCAGCAACCGCUCGCUUUACCAACACAUCAGCUUUGCCUUUGCAAACAACACCCUGACCGACUCAUCCUACUUCAACUCAGCUGUUGAGAUUAGCCCCUCCCUCAAGGCUUUUAACUCAUCCCUUCCAUCCUUAAGCGUGACACGUGCUAAUGAGACGGCCAUUGAAGUCGAAGACAUGGCUCUGGGGAGAGUAGGAAGUGUGGCAGAGUCAAUGUUCCGCUAUCAUUUAAAAGUGUCAGACCAGCUUUUCCACACCGACACUUUACCUUGGGGUAACAGCCCCUCAUUGGAAAUCACUGGCCUCCUUUCUGGAGUCCUAUACACCUUUCAGCUCUACCUGACGAGAUGUGAAGUUCCAGUGUUGGUUUUAUGGGAGGCAGCACAGAGAACGAAACCCAAUCCGCCAGUGUCUCUGAAAGUGCUGCACGUCACCCACAGCAGCGUGAUGAUAAACUGGACGGCACCCCCUGUGGGGUCUGACCCCGACAGCGAGAGGUACACUUACGUGGUGCUUGUGGAAGAAGACAGUGGUGAACUGGUGGCGCACUUCAACACCAGCGACACUAGAACGGAAAUCCGUGACUUAAAACCCAAAUGUGCAUUCAGGGUCUUUGUGUCAUCGGUAAUAGAAGAGAUGGAAAGUCAGAAGGCUGUCUUCCCACCAAUAGAAACUCUAAGCAUAUGCUUUAGCUUCAUCGCCCCCAGUGGAAGCACUAUCGUUGAGGAGAAAAUGACAGCGGAUGGACCGGUGGCGGUGAUUGAGUGCCUGGAGGGCUACCAGCUGACCUCUAGCUCUGAAAUUCCAUGCACACCAACAGACCUAUUACUACACUUGAAUAGGCCCUGUGUCCCCAGAAGCUGCAUCCAUUGGCACAAUUAUGUUCCUCAUGGCAGAAUUAUCUCUGUUAUCUGUCUUGGUGUCGACUUCAAAAGCAGAUGUCACUAUGGUACUUUUCAACCCCCCCCUCCGUUUUGCUGCAGUACCCCACCGGAGAUCAAUAACGGGUUUCACCAAUCCUUGCAACACUCAAACUCCUUUACAAUCGUCUACAGCUGUGACUCAGGGUACGAUCUUCUUGGGUUGUCCAGCUUUACAUGCCAGGUAGAAUCAGGAGAGUGGUUCCCACCCCUUAGUGCUGGAAUACUGCAAUGCAAACCAAGCCCCUGCCUUGCCCCUCCCCAGGUUCCUCAUGGUAAAUUCUAUUCACCUUCAGGUAGCACAGGGAAUUUCAAAGAAGGCGACUCUCUGUACUUGAGAUGUGAUUUUUUCCACCACAUUUCCUCUGAGGCCAGCACCAUCACCUGCCACGGUGGUGACUGGGGAUUGAUAACCUCAGUCUGUAAGCCUGACUUCCAUCUUGUCAACAUUCAAGAUGGCCUUUAUGACUUCGUUGGCUAUAUCGUGGCAUUGAGAGUUUCCUUCCUUAGUAUUGGUCCCUACGCCAGGUUUUCCUGUGAAGACAGACAGUUGGAGUUUGUAACACUGACAGGGACUCUCAGGAGUCCACAGGUGAAAUGUAGAAAAGUAAAGCUGCAGACAAGUGGCUCGGAUUACACAGGGAUCGUUGAGGGGAACGUGGACGGGGCCGGUUGGAGCAAAGUUUGUGUUGAAGACUCAACUGCAGCUAAAGCGGUCUGUGGACACCUGUUUCCUGGUCAUGAAUGGACAGCAUCAGUGAUCGACAGUGGAAGGUUUGUUUCUCAACAGACACACAUCUGCGAUGUCAUGGGAUGUAGGUUCAUACCAGAAACAUUGACCUGCAGCAAACAGAUCCAAUGCAGACAGCGCUGUGAUCCCUAUGACGUUCCCAAUGGCCAAGCACUUUGUGCCUCCAAUUUUGAAGGAGAAAAAUGCGAUAUAACGUGUAACCGACUCUAUAAUCUUGAAGUCUCCUCUCAGAUCCAGUGUACCAGUUCUGGAUGGUCAAGCUUUCCCUACUGCAUCGAGAGUGGGGAUUGUGGCUAUGACAACGAGAGUGGACCCCAUUUCAUGAAGUGCUUGAGCAAGCUUUGGGCCGAGGCAGGUUGUAGCCUCCAGACCGAAGGUUCUCCUACAAGGAACCCGAAAUUAGUAAGAUACUGGAACACCAUGACUGUGAGUGAGGUGAGAAGAAACAUGGCCGAAUACCCCAGUAAAAACGUAUUCACUAUAAACACAGUGUGCGAGGAAGAUGAGGAGUGCUUCCCCUCCCAUGCCACGGUGCUCACCAGUGACGGAUCCAGGAGAACCAUGGCAGAGCUGAGCGUGGGGGACAGGGUGCUGGCGGUCGACGCUGCUGGCCGGCCCACCUUCAGCGAGGUCCUCCUGUGGCUUGAUCGGCGGAGCGGCUCAAGGGAGCAUUACCUCCUGCUGGACACGGAGGGGUCCGAGGAGCCCCUAUACAUCACGCCUGACCAUGUUCUCUUCAUCGCCCCCGACAACGCAACAACCAUUGACUUGGCCAGCGAUGCACGCAGGGUCCCGGUGUUCGCCAAGGAUGUCCUUCCGGGCCACCUAAUCUACCUGCAUGACCCCAGCACUGGAUCACUGGAGGCCAAACGUGUGACCGAAGUGAGCGAGGCAGAGAGCCUAGGGGCCUACGCUCCCCUGACUGUGGAGGGGAACCUGGUGGUGGACGGACGCCUAGUUUCCUGCUACACCCUGCAGUGCCGGCAGCAGCUUGCUCACCUCACCUUCAUCCCCUACAGGCUCCUCCACAUCCUGCGCUCUUCCGUCUCUCUCCUUGGGGACCGGCUUCUGGCUCCCCCGAGGCAGGGGCAGGAAGACCAGGAAGGUAUGCACUGGUACGCGAACGCCUGGUACCAGCUGGGCCUGUGGAUGGGGUAUCCGUUCAGUGAGACAUGCUAUCCCACCGACCUGCUGAGCUACCACUACCCCAGACCCGCCACUGGUCCGCUGUGAAAGCUGUCCACCAAAACUCCUCCACAGUCAGAUGCGUCACUUAUUUGACUUUCUAUAAAACUAGGGUACCAGUGACAAUUUCCUACACUCAACAACUUGUUACAGCUGUUUCAUGGCAAUACAUGUCAUUACAUAAGAUAUAACAGGGGAUCAUAGUUAUAUUCAAUCAAAUUGAUGUGUUGAUUUAAGUGUUUAUUAGUCCUUUAUCAUGGUUGGUGUCUUGACUGAAUUUGUUCAAAAUUGUGUGGCAUAAAACAUAAAACAUUGUUUUUUUCUC